AUGUUGGCGACGCCGACGCCGCCCGUGUCUAGCGGCCGCGUGGCGUCAGGCGCUGUAUGCCGGGAUGCGUCUAGAUCGGCGCGGCUUAGGCUUAAGGUUCGGGUGACGUCACGCGACGGGGGAGGGGAGCGGGGCGAGGGCGCGGGGGUGGGGCGCGUCGCGGCCGCCUGCGCAGGCGCGGGCAGUCGCCGGUCUCCCGCGCACUGCGGUCCGCGCGUGCGCAGCGCCGCGCACGACUCGGCGCGGGCCCAGCGCCAAGGGCCAGGGCCUACUCUACGGCGCGCUCUCGCGGUGUCCGCUACGGUGCGGAGGGACCUUAGUCCAGUUGUGCUGCGGCCUACGAGCGUAGCGCCCCGCCACACGGGAUGCUGGCCGAUCGCACGACGCAGAUCACCGGUGCUC